AUGCUCGGGUCCGAGGCCGAGACGGCGCCGCCCGACGAGCCGCCGCCGCCUUCCUGGGAAGACGGCCCGCGGCGGCGCGGCGCGUCGCGGCCGCCCCUCGCCGAGAACACGGUGCCGCUGAAGCGCGGCGCGCCGGCCGUAUCUUCUCAAAGCCCGGCGCGCCGGCCGCCUCCCUCGAAAGUAUCGCGCGCGUCGGACGCCGCGCUCGACGCGGCCUUCCUCGAGUUCGAUUUGGCUGCGGCGGCGCCUCCAUCGAAGCCCCCGCCGCCGCGGCCGCGGCCGCCGGCGCCCGCCGCGAGGCGACCUCCGGUGCCGGUGCCGGUGCCGCGACCGCCGGCGCCCGUCGCGAGACGUCUGCUGGCGCCCGUCGCGAGGCGACCGCCGGCGCCGCCGCGCCCGCUGCCGCCGCGGCCGCGGCCGCGCUCGCUCGAGGCGGCCUACGCGGGCGGCUUCCACCCGGGCGCGCAGGGCGAGGCGGCGCCGCGCGCUGUGCCGGCGCGGCCACCGGCGCCGCGGUCACAAGGGCCGCGGGGACCGCCGGCGGUGCGAGGCCCGCCAGUGCCGCCAGCAGCGAGGCCGCCACGACCACCUGUGCCGCGAAGCCAGCCAGUGGCGCGAGGCCCGCCCCGGCCGGCGGCAGUAACCGCGCCGCCGCGGCCACCUGCACCCGCGCGGGACUCGCUCGACGCCGCGUUCCUCGCCUUCGACCUCCCCGCCGCGGCGCCGGCGCCGCGCGGCCCUCCUGCAACGCGCGGCCCACCGGUGCCGCGAGGCCCGCUGCGCGGCCCGCUGCCUCCGAGGCCGACCGCCGCGCCGCCGCGACCGCAACCGCAACCGCCACGCCCGGCGACCGGACCACGGACCUCGCUCGACGCGGCGCUCCUCGGCUUCGAUUUGGAUGGGGCCGUCGCCGAGGCCCGCGCCGCGGUACAAACGAAGCGGUGCCGGAUCGUUAGUGUACAAGGCCGCGGCGACGCCCUCGUCACCGUCGACGGCGCCACGAAGCGCCUGCGAUUGACGGGCGACUGGGCGCGCGCGGAGUUGCGGGCGGGCGCGCGCGGCCAUCUGGUCCCUUGGGCGGCCGUCGGCGAGCCUUGUGUUACGCCUCAGACAUUGCCGGACGAAAUCACCAUCGACCAGGCGUCUCCUUAUUUCUGGGUGGCGUGUCCCGAAAUCUUUGUCUCUCCGACGGCGGUCGUCGCGGCGACGGCCUGCGAGAGAAGAGCGUGGCUCACGUCCACGGGAGGUUCAUCGGGAGGCUCUUCCAAGCCUGCCGCCCUAGGCGCCGCGAAGCACGCCUGCUUUGAAAGAGUAGCGCGCGGUGAAAGGGACGCGGGUGGCAUCGUCCGAGACGCGCUGUCGACGAAGGCUUCGGACUUCUUCGCGGCGGGCGUCGAUGAUAGGGACGCCCGAAAGGAGUGCGCGGCCUUCGUCCAGGGUGUGUUGCGGGAUGAACAGCUCGUCCAGAGGAUUAAUAAUGCAGCCACGGAGCAGCCUUUGUGGUCUUCGGCAUUAGGUUUAUAUGGCGUCGCCGACGCGGUCGUCGAGGAUGCUGUUACCGGCAAAACACCGCUAGAACUGAAGACAGGAAAAGGCCACGUCGACCACGAGGCCCAGGCGGCUAUAUAUGUUGCGAUGCUACGAGGCCUGGAUUCCAAUUGGGCGCGCGGGUCCCACGGCAAAGCUGGACUAUUAGUAAGGUACGGCGCCAAGGACCCGAAACCUCUCGUGACGUCGGUCCGAUGCUCUCGGAGAGAACUCACGACCUUGUUGGCCGCGCGGAACGUGGUUGCCGCCGCGGUCGAAAGACACAGUGUGAGCGACGCCGACGAUUUGAAUGAGACAGCCCCAUCAGUAUUAGGGGAUGGUCGGGGCGCCUGCGCGCGCUGCUACCAGAGCGAGGCCUGUGCGCUGCGGCACUUUUGCGUCGAGGGCGGGUCUGCUGACACGUUUCUUGGUGUAUCAAGGGACGAACGCGCGUCGAAGGCUGUAGAUGCCUGGGCUUUUGUAGAGAAGCUCGACGACGCCGCAAAAGACUACUACCGGAGGUGGUCCGCUUUGAUCGACGUCGAGGCGGCGUCGGCGCCGCCGGACGGUGCUCGAGCCGUCGUCACGAAGCGCCCGGAGGAACGCCGGGGCGACGCCUGCGCUGUGCUACAGAAAGUCGGCGAAACAUUGAGUGAUGAUGGUGUCGUGGUGGAUUGUUCAGGUGCCUCGCCGUUUUCCGUCGGCGACUGCGUGCUGCUCAGCGCGGAGGGCGACUUGCCCACGAUCCUCGCGCGGGGCGGCGUCGUUUCUGUCCAAGCAGACAAGCUCUCCAUUAUUCUGAGAGGGUCCUCGGCGAAGCCAUUGCCGAGUACUUUACGUGUGGACGGCGACGGCGGCGCUACUUCUUCUAGAUCCCAAAAAGCCGCUCUGACGGAGCUCCUGACGUCGGAAAACGACGUCCGCGACUUAAUCAUUGCCUUCCGGGAGCCGGUCUUUGAUCAGCAACUCGGCCAGAAGUGGCUCGCGCGCGUUUUUGAUGGUCAGGACUGGGCCCCACCUAGGUGGGGCGGACCUGGCACAGCAGCAUCAUUAUUAGCGAGGGACUUUGGACAACUAAACGAGGAGCAGCGCACAUCAGUCCACCGGGCGCUGAGCGCGAAGGACUACUGCCUCGUGCGAGGGAUGCCGGGCGCGGGAAAAACUCAAACCGCGGCGUUUCUCGUGCGAGCGUUGAUCGCGGGCGGCAGUCGUGUCUUAGUUGCGUCGCAUGCGCACGCGGCCGUGGACCAUUUGCUGGAGAAGGUACUUGAGUCAGGUGUAUCUAGACGAUGUGUCGUGAGGGUCGCGUCGUCGUCGUCCUCUCGUCGAGUGGCAUCAUCAUUGCGAGAUCGGGUCGUACAUGGAGACACCGUAUCACAAAUAAGAGCGCAACUCGGUGCGGCGCGAGUCGUGGGUGCCACGUGUUUGUGCUGCGCGAGGGACGGCGUGUUACUGGCUGCAGCCCCGUUCGACGUCGUACUGGUCGACGAGGCGGCGCAGGUGCACCAGCUCCACGCCGUUGCCGCUUGCUUAAGGGCGGCGCGCUUCGUGUUGGUGGGAGACCCCCACCAGCUGGCUCCUGUGGUCCGAUCGGCCUUUGGCCGGGAAAACGGCGCGUCCGAGUCGCUCUUCCAGCGCUUGGCAUCAAAGCAUCCGGCGGCGGUCGCGACGCUCCGAACGCAAUAUCGGAUGAACGCGCCGGUGAUGGAUUUGUGCAACGUUGUGCUACAUGAUGGGGAUCGACGGAAGUCGUGGGCCACGGCCCAGCAACUCGUUUGUGGGUCCGACGAAGUCUCCAAGGCGCGGUUAGCUCUUAAUGAAAGUAGUGAAGGCGGAUGGGUCGCAGACGUGCUCAAGGAGCCCGUGUCGUUCGUUGAUGUGCCUCCAUCGUCGACGCAGUCCGCGCGGAAUACAAAUGAAGCAACCGUCGUCGCAACAUUGGUCGACGCCCUCCACGCCCGCGGCCUCGAUCUACGAGAAGUGGCCGUCCUGACGCCUUUUAGAGCUCAGCUCCGCGAACUGAAGCGCCUCCUCCCAUCAGACGUCGAGCUCUCGACGGUCGACCGCUUCCAGGGCAAGGACGCGGCCUGCGUGCUCGUCUCGUUCGCGCGCGCGGACGCGUCGUCGGGAUUGCUGGCGGACCCGCGGCGGCUGAACGUGGCGCUGUCGCGGGCGCGGCGCAUGUUAAUUCUCGUCGGCGCGCAGGAGGCGCUAGCUUCGGCGUCGCCGCUCUUCGCGCGGUUGGUGGGGGCGGUGCCGGUCGUCGUGGCGUCCUAGUGUCGUUGUUUAAGAUCCAAGAGUCGUUUACAAGGAGUGAUCCCCGCGCGUGAGCUAGCGGCCUAAGACACUAGCAAGCAAGCAGAGGCAAGGCGGGCGCCCAUCUCGUCAGUGCAGGCUUCAAAAGCCAAGUCCGCGGGCCCAGGCCUUCGUCAUCAAGGCCUCCUUCAUGUGGCGAGAGAUGCGAUCCGGGCGACGCGAUGCCGCACCGGUAGCCUGGAUUGUGUUGUUGGUGUCCUGGUUGCAUUGCGCUGCACUACGACCAGCACUGCGACCAACAAGAACCGCGUUGCACGCGAGACGCCCGAAAACUGCAGACGAGUGGCGCGAGUGGCGACGGAAGGAAAGCGUUAGCGCGCGCAAGCCGGCCGACGACGAGCUCGCGCGGCGCGCGCAGCGCUGGGCAGAAGCGGUCGGUGCGGACGCCUCGACGCUCGACGGGCUGCCGGAAGCGCGACGACGCGAGUUCCUCGACGAGUUCGAGCGCGACCUUCCCAAGAACGACCCCGCGCCGCGGAACGCCCCCGUGGAAGAUGCAUCAGAAAUCAACGUCGACUGGGAGCGGCGCGUCCAGUUCGACGCGCUGCGCGACGGCAACGCGCUGAGGCAGAACGACGUGUUGAACAAAGCGAUCCGAUCAGAUAAAUAA